AUGUUUUUUUGCGAACCGCUCCCAUGGAAGAUUCCCGUGCCCUUUGUUGGCCCUGCGUUGAGGACUUUUGCGGCUCUGAUCCUGCUGGCCAACGUGAAUGCCCUCUACGAUAAGAUGGAAAUCUUUGGCGCCGACAUAUCUCUACCCAUUUACGUUGCAAAUCUUGGGCUGAUUGGAGUCAUCUUUUUAGCAGUGUGUAUAUUUGCUGCCCUGAAGCAGCGCAACUACACCUUCGAUCUCAACACUCUCUUGGCUACCAUUACACUGACCGUCCUUUGGGGUGCGACCUGUUGUUUCAAUAUCGGCAUUGUCAUCGGUGCUUUUGUAAAAUGCCAUCUUCCUCGCUUUAAACAUGACAAGGGAAUGAAGUAUUGCCACUUCUUUGGCAACGAAGUUGUGGCUAAAUCAAGCGGGUGGGAGGGAAAGAGUUGGCCCGUAUACUACUGGAUCAGCCUGGUUUCAGCUCUGAUAAUGGCAUUUUGGCAGAUGCUCAACUGGAUGGGCUGGAUCAAGGAUAUACGCCGUGCCCUUUCAUUCAGACGGAGACGGCAACAGAAUCAACUGAAUGAAUGGGCGUAG